UCCAGUGACAAUUGCGUCUGGGUCCAAGCAAACAUGAGGCAGCUGCCAGCCCGACCAGGCAGUCUGGCUUGUUCGGGCUGCAAAGCGGGAAGGCUGGUGACAGUCCCCUUCAGCUGCGGAGAUGCAGAGGACCAAGCAGGAAGCAAUGAAGGCGUCAGAUGGCAGCCUCCUAGGAGACCCUGGGCGCGGACCGCUGAACAGAAAGGAAGGCCUCAAGUGGCAGAGGCCAAGGUUCACCCGCCAGGCCCUGAUGCGCUGCUGCUUGAUCAAGUGGAUCCUGUCCAGUGCUGCCCCACAAGGCUCAGACAGCAGUGACAGUGAACUGGAGUUGUCCACGGUGCGCCACCAGCCAGAGGGCUUGGACCAGCUGCAGGCCCUAACCAAGUUCACCAAGAAGGAGCUGCAGUCCCUUUACCGAGGCUUCAAGAAUGAGUGUCCCACAGGCCUGGUGGAUGAAGAGACCUUCAAACUCAUUUACUCACAGUUCUUCCCUCAGGGAGAUGCUACCACCUACGCACACUUCCUCUUCAAUGCCUUCGAUGCUGAUGGGAACGGGGCCAUCCACUUUGAGGACUUUGUGGUUGGGCUCUCCAUCCUGCUCCGAGGGACAGUCCAUGAGAAGCUCAAGUGGGCCUUCAAUCUCUAUGACAUUAACAAGGAUGGUUACAUCACCAAAGAGGAGAUGCUGGCCAUCAUGAAAUCCAUCUACGACAUGAUGGGCCGCCACACCUACCCCAUCCUGCGGGAGGAUGCACCCCUGGAGCAUGUGGAGAGGUUCUUCCAGAAAAUGGACAGGAACCAGGAUGGAGUGGUGACCAUUGACGAGUUUCUGGAGACCUGUCAGAAGGAUGAGAACAUCAUGAACUCCAUGCAGCUGUUUGAGAAUGUCAUCUAGGACACAUGGGAGGGGACCAUGAGUGGUCAUUGCUUCUCAGCCUGGAGAAGCCUCAAUCCUGCCUCAUACAAGCAGCCUCUAUGAGAAACAGUUUUCUAAUAUAUUUGCAAAAACUGAGCAGUUUACUCCCAAGACAGACACAGACACAGUCUUUCUCUCUCUCUCUGUCUCUCUCUGUCUCUGUCUCUCUCUCUCUCUCUCUCUCUCUCUCACACACACACACACACACUCACACACACACAUGGUUCCUCUGACUUGGCAGAGGAGGUGGCAGCCAGAAGGUACCCCCAGUUCUUCCCAGAUCAAUAAAUGGGACUGCCUCUGGGGGUCCCUUGUGUCCUUUCUACCACUUGGGAGACCAGGCUACUCCCUGCCCAUGGACCCAUGUUCCUAGGAAGCUCCCAGAAGGAAGAAGCCCAGAGGGAAGAGGUCUGAGCAGGGGAGAAAUAAUGAUAGAAGCUGAGCCUGCAGCGUCACGCUGAUGCUCCUCUGAGGUCCUGGAACCCUGGUACCAGGUCACCUAUUUUGGGAUGAGCUUAGAUCAUGAGGGACCACUGGGUUACAUCCUUAAAGAACAGAGCAGGAUUGAGGUUUUUGGAGAAGCUGGGGAAACAAUUUGUCCACACUAUUGGAUGAUGGAACAUCAACUGGCCAAUGGAGAUGUGGUGGGUGGAGCUCUCACAGCUCCCAGCACCAGGCUGGCCUCUCCAAGGUACCCUUUGGUUCUGGUGGGGAGGGGUCACCUGGCUCAGGAACUGAUAACCAAGAAGCUGGACUGUAAGGGGAAAGGCCUGGUAGGGGUAUUCCCCUCCUCUUCCCUGGCCACUUGCCACCCAGUUCCUUGGCACGGCAGAUCAUUCACAGCUCUGUGGCUGCCCUUGAACAGGCUCAUCCCAACCCAACAAAAAGCACAAACACCCUAAAAGCUCAGGCCAUGCCCACAGGGGAGGCAGGGGUCCCUGACUUGGGGAGACCUGGGUCUCCUCAGCCCUGACUCAGUGGCAUGAGGAAGAUGCUCGGAAUCCAUCCUGUGCCUCAGAGCCUUGGGGUCUCAGAGCUCUUUCCCAGCCCAGCUCGCCAACUUCUAAAGCACAAACCAAGGACUGUGCUUGCCUGGGCUGUCCCCUGGGGAUGGGAGGCCAUGUCAGCUCUAAGUUGAAGCUAGCCAUGAGAGUUGGGGGCCUGUGACCAGGCAACAGGUCGGCAGACCUUCAGGAGGAGAGAGAGCUGCUCCUGCCUGCCCAGGCCUCCCCCAUAAGGGACUAAGUCCCAGGCAGCAUGUUCCCCAAAGGAACAUUCCCACAGAGUACAUUCCAUCAACUGCAGCCCAGUCUCUGCUCAGGCCCAGCUCCGAGAGUCCAUGGGUGUUCUCCCAGAAGGUCAGCCCCUGGCUAAGGGGGGCCCUUAGAGGAAAGGCAGUGUGACCAUGGCCCCCAUUCACAGGUGGAUCCCCUUCUCAGGGCUGCACUGACCCCAUCUCCAUCCUGACUGGGGGCCCCUUUACCCCAUAUAGAGGCCAUCAGCUUUCCCCGGCUCAGGGACCACCCCCCUCCCCCAGCCUGGCCCCUCCCACUGGGAUUCCUACACUGGUGAGAAGCCAAGGCCAAGGGAGAAAGUUACUAACUCAGCUCUAACCCACCCCACCCCUUAGCCUCUGGCUGCACGCCCAACCAGAAGGGGUCUGUCCCCCUUGCAGGGACACAGACUGGCCGCAUGUCUGCAUGGCAGAAGCGUCUCCCUUGAGUGCAGCCUGGGAGGGGGGGUUCCUGUCUCAGGGGCCCACCAAUAUUCAGUCCUAUAUAUUUUAAUAAAAUAAA